CAACAUUGCAUCUUAAUGAAAAACCUUCAAAGAAAACCAAUGACAUCAAACACAGAAGACAGAUACUUCAAAGUGUCUUAUCCUAAAUACAAACUAGGUGAAGAAAUUGUGUGAAAGAUGCCUGUUAUGCCUACUUAUGUUGAAGUCUUCAAAACAAGAAUGCCAAGAGUUGCUCUAAGUUUGAUUCAAGAAAAGACAGGGAAAAUUUAUGUAAAAUAUUCAGGUCCACCAGAAUUUCGUGAAUUUGGUCAUGACCCAGGGAUCAUAAAAGAAUUUUUUGAAGUGGCCCUGAAAGGAUUACAAGGUGGUGUUGGUCCAGGCAAUCUUGAUGGAAAGACACAGCAGGACGAGGAUUUGGAUCAAAACUUGGUGAAUGAAUUUUUGCAGCUAGAUUUGUUGAGUUUUGAUACUGUUCACAAAAGAAAAAUGAUAACAGCAGCAGUAUGUGGUACAGGUAAAUGUAUAUUAUUCAUUUUUUAUAUAACUACAAGUAUUGAAUUUUUCAAAUUAGAGAAAGCAACAGUAAAAAUUUUUUAUUUGUUGAAUCUAUGAAGAUACAAAUAAAUUGCUAGAUGUCUGUAAAUUGUUUUCCAAUUUUUUCUAGCAAUUGAACAAUUUUAUUAUACUCAAACACUGCUCAGUAAAGCUAAAUUCAUAAUAAGAUCUGAGAUUAAUAAAUUGGCAAAUCUGAAUAGAAGAUAUGAAUCUCUGUGACAUAAUGUUUUAUGUUUUACUGCAAUAUCUCAGGAAAAAUAUUCCCAUACUUCUUUUAAAAAAUAUUUUUACAUUUCUCCGAAAUUUUUACAACUUUCCACAUUGAUUAAAACAAAUUUACAAGGGCGCUUAAAAAGUGGAUCCUGGAACACAAAACCAAGCUAGUGGCCAAUUGAAGUGGAUUUCCGGACACCAUUCAAAAUUCCAAAGUUGACAGUUAACCAGCUUGACAUUAUUCUCAAAGGCUACAGAAGUUACAUAGCUGGAAAACAGCUGGAGACAAAUGGGGAUAAUUAUCAAUCAGAUGAAGAGUUUGUGGUGGACACAGAAGCAAUGGACAUGGCAAUUGUUGAAAGCAUUAAAGAGAAUAUUGAGGUUAAAAAUAUUCUCUACUUUUUGCAAAAACUAAUUUGAAUAUUUCAUGUCAUUGAGAAUUGUAAAUAAUAUUAUCUUUGCAAACUGGGGUGCGAGUUUUCUUUUCAUCACGAAGGAUGGAUCCUUUCUAAUCUUUGACCACUACUUAUUUUUUCAUAGAAACUUCAAGAAUGGAAUGAAGAGUCAAUUUGUAUAUUUUUUGCAUCAGCAUCCCGUAUAACAAAUUGGCAAUUAUUGAGAGAAAUCUUUUCUAACGAAUCUCCAAUAGUCUACAAGAGAAUUGAAGUUUCAAAUCAUGGGAAAAGUAUUGAACCAUGGUAAAAAUAAUUCUAGUUUUCAAUUGUUGAAUUAUUCUUCAAUUAAAUUAAGUAGUUCAGGAAAUAGACCUUUCUCAAGCAUACUAAACUUUCAAAAACCAUGCUGGGCUCAGGGGCAGGUGCAAUGCUUGGGCCCUUUCUUCCCAGAGGCAGUGCUAUGGCAGGUGUGGGGCGUGUGAUACCUUCAAGAGUUAAAAAUCGACUCUUUACUCUGCAGAUUCAGCAUUUUUGGUGAUUAGGCUAGUGAACAGGGGAGGCGGUCCCUUCUUUUUCAACAUUAUAGCAUACUUUCAUUUAAUUUGAUAGAAAAAUCUCCUACUCUGCAACCUGAGACUUGACACCCCCUGUUCCUACCCAAUUUUUUUCUAGCAAUUUUUCUAGCACCACUUCUGUUUCUACCCAAAGUAAUAAAACGUAAAUGCAUAAAAUUUGGAUAUUAAAUCCAUAAAAUAGUCUCUAUUCACUUUAAUUUUAUAUUUGCUAAGCAUUGUAAAACUUUUCUAGGACUUAUAUGAAUUGUUAUUACCAUUUCAAUAAGAGUCAUGCUCUUAAGAGAGACAGUUUAAUCAUCAGCGGCAAUUACCCGUUGCUUCCCUUUCAGUGGACCUUAAACUUUUGAAGUAACAUCAUAAGUUAUUACCUGUUCAAUAAAUUUUAUUCAGAGUCAGGAUUUUGAAGGCUUCUUGAUGAAUUAUUUCAAGCAACUAAUAAUGUUGCAAAAAAAAGACUGGUGUUUUUCAGGUACUGGCACUUAGUUCCUCUGAGGGAUCAAGGGCUGGAACCUGUUAAUGUCAUCGGGGAUGGAAACUGUUGCUACAGAGCCAUAGCAGUCCAUUUGUCUAAGGAUGAAAAACAGUGGGCACACGUUAAGUUUGAAUGCUUAAAAUAUGGCAUUUUGAAUCUGGAUACAAUCAUUGCAAAGGUUUCAAGGGCUGGAUCAAGGGCUGGAACCUGUUAAUGUCAUCAGGGAUGGAAACUGUUGCUACAGAGCCAUAGCAGUCCAUUUCUCUAAGGAUGAAAAACAGUGGGCACACGUUAAGUUUGAAUGCUUAAAAUAUGGCAUUUUGAAUCUGGAUACAAUCAUUGCAAAGGUUUCAAGGGCUGGAUCAAGGGCUGGAACCUGUUAAUGUCACGGAGGAUGGAAACUGUUGCUACAGAGCCAUAGCAGUCCAUUUCUCUAAGGAUGAAAAACAGUGGGCACACGUUAAGUUUGAAUGCUUAAAAUAUGGCAUUUUGAAUCUGGAUACAAUCAUUGCAAAGGUUUCAAGGGCUGGAUCAAGGGCUGGAACCUGUUAAUGUCAUUGAGGAUGGAAACUGUUUCUACAGAGCCAUCGCAGUCCAUUUGUCUAAGGAUAAAAAACAGUGGGCACACGUUAAGUUUGAAUGCUUAAAAUAUGGCAUUUUGAAUCUGGAUACAAUCAUUGCAAAGGUUUCAAGGGCUGGAUCAAGGGCUGGGAACCUGUUAAUGUCAUUGAGGAUGGAAACUGUUUCUACAGAGCCAUCGCAGUCCAUUUGUCUAAGGAUGAAAAACAGUGGACACACAUUAAGUUUGAAUGCUUAAAAUAUGGCAUUUUGAAUCUGGAUACAAUCAUUGCAAAGGUUUCAAGGGUUGGAUCAAGGGCUGGAACCUGUUAAUGUCAUUGAGGAUGGAAACUGUUUCUACAGAGCCAUCGCAGUCCAUUUGUCUAAGGAUGAAAAACAGUGGGCACACAUUAAGUUUGAAUGCUUAAAAUAUGGCAUUUUGAAUCUGGAUACAAUCAUUGCAAAGGUUUGUCUGAUAUUGCAAAAUCUUUUCCCAAAGUCAUUGGCAGUCAGUAUGGGGUAUAGGAUAGAAAAGGGGGAUGGUUGCCCCUCCUAGAGAUACAAAAAGUUCCAUUUUACUUUAUACUUUUUAAACCAAUAAAAGUUUAGUAGUUUUCAAGAGAGCACAUUCUGCAAAUUGUAAACCCCAACUUCAAAUUAUAUUGUUCAUUUGUUUAACAUUUUAAUCAAUAACACCUACACAACUACAUUCAGUUUGCUAUCUGUGAGGAAAAAUAUUCUGUGCUUAAAAGAAUAUUUAGUGAGAAACUUGAAUCUCUAAUAAAGAAUACUCUGAUCACUUAUCUCAAUAAUUGCAAAAUAGAGAGAGGUUUUUUUCAAUUACUAUUUCAUUUCAUCCAUUAUAUAUAGCCUCUAAUGUAGAAAAUAUAUACACGAGUUAAUCUGCUAUGAACUGUUAAUUUACAAAGAUAAACUGCUAUGAACUUAAAUGAGCUUACAAACACUUUUUAGCUCAUCGAGAUAUUUCCAGAGAGGGCAAUGUUGCAGGCAUUCAUGGCCGAAAUCAGCAAUGAUGAAGAUUCACACCAGGAUUCUAAAAAGCAUCUGAAAAAAUGUUUGAAAGAUGAGCUCAAGAAUUCUUUGCAGAAUGGGAGAUAUAGUUGUAAAUAUAAUUAGUUAUUAUUUCAAAUUUGAAAAUUGAACUUGUUUCGUUUUGGAAAGACUACGUUAAAUAUCUGAUUUAUGUAAAACCUAAAAUGAUUAUAUGGCAAUAUUAGCCAUAAUAUAGGCAGUUAUUUAUAAUUUAUAUAUGGAAAAUUACUUGAAAUUUAUUAGUUCUGUGAUAUGAGACCAACGCUCAAUAGAGUUUGAGGUUUAGGGACAGUGGAAUACCCCCAUUUACUUUGGGAUCUCUAUGGGUGACAUUUUUCUCUUCUUCUUUAUUGAGUUUUUGUCAUAACAGACAAAAAUACAAAAUAGGCAUUCAAACCUUUAUGAUAUGGACACUCACAAGAUCUUGAUAAUAAUUGUCUGUCGCCUUCUGUAUAAUCUCUAUUAUCAUCCUAUCCCACACCACACCAAUUUCUUUCACUGCUUCCACCUGUAGACACAUCCUUUCAAUCUUUUUGUUAUCCUCCUCCAGUGAUAGUCCUUCACGAGUACUCACAACAUGAUAAUACAAAUUUAUAAAUUACAAUUUGUUCCUUCAACAUUCCUUUCUUGUUCUAUAGCAUUGCUUCACGUCAUUCUGGCAACUGGUGCUUUCAGUACCAAAAUCAUGAGCUUGUCCCAACAACCAGACUUUUCUGUUGUCCAUAUAGGAACUGUCAUACAUGAAAAACGAAAAGAGUAACAUUAAUCAUCAGUUUGAUAUUUAGCAUGUGAUUAAAAAUAUUAAAAAGAAAUUAGUUUUGCUAGCAAAAAAAGCGCUUCAGAUUUGAAUGGUUGGAUGAAAUCGAUAAUAAAUCACUUUUGGUGGUCUUGUGCGACAUGCAACAAAGAUCCUUAUAUUCUUCUCGAAAAAUGGUUAAAUAUCUUAUACCAUAUAAGGAACAUACACAGAUGGGAAGAUGCAAUCAUUUAUAAACGGUGUGCACAUGCAAAGCUGUCCAAAAAAGAUUGGAAAAAAAUUGGUUAAAAGAAGGGUCACCUGCUUAUGUCGCACUCGAAUUGGUCAUUAAGGACAGAGAUCUGCUAAGAGUGACACUAGUCACACUGGGCAAAUUGAGGUCUAUCAUUCCGUUUAUAAUAAAUAUUAUCCCAAAAGGCUGCACUUUGGUUUCGAGGGAAUGAUUGCUAGGUCGGAACUUGCAGUAUUGAACCAUAACGCUGGGACAGAAUGCAGACAUGCCAAAACUCGGGACGAUGAAUAUUGGCACAAGUUGUCCUUUUCAAAAGUUACGCAAAACUGGGCAGUGAAAAAAAUUCCUGAAAAGAAAGACAAAUCAUAGUUUUUUUUAGAAAAUAUAAUAUUCCCAAGUGAUGGCUGGGUGAUUUGUUUGUGCAAAAUGUCAGGCAACUUAAAUCUUAAAAUAUUUCCUUGUGCAUCCCUGGCAAUCGGUAGUUAAUCAUUGAUAUCAAUACCAUUCCCAAGGUCCACAGUGCCUCUGUACCUUUUGCCAUCCCAUUUUGUGUGCUUUCUAAUUGCCAUUUAAUCCAGCAUUAGUGAACAUACUACCUUAUUACCCUUUUCUCUUGCAGAGAUUACAGAUUCAGGAAGUGCAAUGAAAGCUGGCUCAGUGAAUUCUGGCUCUGCUGGUACUUUACUAUACCAUUUGUGCUUGAUGUGGUAGAGCUAGGUUGCAGGUCUUCCUUACCAAUUCAUAUGCUUUUUAAGAAUAGAACUGCAGGGUCAUAGCAAAUGAGCACAGUUCUUCUGGGUACUUCUGGGUUCCUUUUUUCCAGAAGCAAGCCUUUUCAUAAGAAACAGAGAUGUUCCUGAAAAUGACUCACAAAGAAUGUCUUCACAGCUAGAAAAUAUUAAGUUCUUGUCCUAUAACACAUUCAAUGACUUAGUGUUAUUUUUCUGGAUUCUUAGGGCAGAGAUUAUGAAGACACCAUGAUGACCUUUUAUAUUUAUAUGCAGCCCCAGGGAGUGGCUGUCUCUAAAAUAUAUCUUUUCUCCUGGAGCUCUUUCUCAUAAUUAACUACAAUUCUUGCUGCAGUAUCUACUACACCUAUAUGUGUGUGUUUCCGUUAUAACCUUAUAUGCAUAAUGACCUUUGCACUUACCACGUGCUACUGUUCUCUUAAUUGCAGACGUAAUACCAAAACUUAACUUCACAACAUACUCCUCCGGUUGAUUUACCCAGUAAAUCCUGAUCCAAGUCCAAAUAUUCUAAGGGGUUUGUAACAAUUACUUAUAUGCUCCAAUGCAAUGCGUUUCUGAUUUCCAAUGUGUUGUACGAUUAACUAUUUGCACCUAAUUACGUUAUGAAUACUUGUCCAGCAUUGUGAUCCGUAGUGAUCAUGCGCAACCAACCAAGCUAUCCUGGUUGCUGUCUCGAAUAUGCUGAUUCAUUAAUUCAACUAUCUAUUAAAUCCUAAUACAUUGAAAAAAAUUCUACCAUUGAUCUAAAGUUCUAUAACGUUUGGGCCUGAUGUACCUCUAAUAACAUCACCAAUGAUUAUAUCAUACAAAUAAUCAUUGCCAAUAAGCAAAUCAAUGCACCUAUUUUGCUCGCUUAGCCUCUCGUCUGCUAGAUUAAGGCCUAACAGAUGCUUUUACUUGCUUACGUCUAUGCACGUAUUUAAAGGCGAGAAAAUAGACUGAUAGCUUAUUGUGCUUAUCAAAAUUGGCGUCUCAUCUAUUCCUGUAUCUAAAUUUAACUUUACGAUGUCACAUUUCUUGUGUACUGAUUUCUCAGUACAAAUGUAUUCAAAUUUAUUUUUUCCUGUCUUUCGAUUUCCAGAUUCAAUUUUCGUCUGACUUCUUCAGAGCUGUAGCUUCGUUGGCUCCCACUUUCAAAGAAAACAUUGAUUUCCAUCCUCUGAGCCUUGUCUGCCCCAUAAACAUACGCAGUGGCCCUCUGCAGCAAAACUUCUUGUUUUCCUUUGACACUGGUAGUUAUUUUUUUUACUCCCUUCGUUUGUUUUGCUCCUUUGUAGCAAAUUCAUUUGUGAUGAAAAUUUCUGCCACAUUUUUUGCAAUUGCGACUUUCCCGACACUUUUUUGUCAUAUGUUCAAAUUUCAAGCAGGAAAAACAUUGUUUAGUCUCCAGUAGGAACUUUUUUCUAUCCGUUAUUUCCUGGACUUCUUUGCAGCUUGACAGAGAAUGUGCAUGUCCACAAAAGCAUUUUCUUUUUUCGGCAAAAAUGUCUUGGUAGUGCCUUGUGGUGAUUUUGGUUGAUAUCCUAAUGGUUUGUCACAUUUCUUUUUGACGAGCUUGAUGUUAUCACUCAAUUUCCUAGCUUCAAUUUCCUUUCUGACAAUCUCCAAUAUUUCUUUAAUCGGUCACACUUCCUCGGUCAUUUUUCUUGCAACAUCCAACGUAAUUUCUCGCGGCAUUCUUGCCACAAGGAUGGGUACUAACAAACUGCCAUACCUUGCAGAACUCUUACCAAGGGCUUCAAGCCCCCUUGCAUGUACAGUUAUGUUGUUGUAAAUGAAACACAAUUGCUUCUCGUUCUCGUUUUGGGCAGUUUUGUAGCCCAAGGAGAGCCUGCAUGUGCGUUGAGAUUUUUUGUUGUUUAUUCUCAUGUUUUAUUUUUCUCACGUUUCACGUUUAUUGCCAAAUCUCGCCUUUAAAAUUUCGACCGGAUUGAAAUGAUUUUGUUCCGUCAGUUCAAUUCCUGAUACUGCACGGUAUGCUGGACCCUCCAACAAAUUCACCAAGUAGUUGACCUCAUCAACCACAAUUAUGCCUUCGUUUUUAUCUAUUGCAUUUUCAAAACUCUACCAAAAGGACAUAAAACAUGUAAUAUCUCCUUUAAAUCAUGGGAGCGUUAUUUUUGGCAGGCAAAUGGCAACAGAACCCAUGGUAACCCCGCUUGUGCUGAGACCAUGGUCGUUGUUUGUUGCUCCUUGAACGUUGUCACCUUCUCUUGAAGGCAUUGAUAUAAUAACUUGUGUUGUUCCACUCCCAACUCCGAAUGCAUUGGUCUGAGAGUAUAUACCGUCUUUGAAUGCUUGAAUUCUUCCCAGAAUUUCAUCGAUUCUGAAAUUCAGCUCCAGUGUUUCAUCAACUUAUUUUUCGAUGUUGGCGACUGGACAUAAUUCCACCAUCUUUUCAUUUAGUCUGUUCACGUAUGCUUGUUUUUCUCGAUGAGACUUUUGUAUCGUUUCUGAACGAAUCACCUUCUCAACUUGUUCUCCAUCAUCAUUAAUUAGUUCUUCAAGAAGAGCUGUGGAGCUGUGGCUUCGUAAUGGAGAUUCUAUCUCCUCCUCGUAUGGCUAACAAUUUCUUUAAAGGAGAAGUCCGGGAUAUUUACGAUGUACAGUAGAAAGGGGUAAUUAAAGUUGAAAAAAGUCAUCCUGAAAGAAUUUUUGGCUAUGGUAUAUUAAUUUCGAGUAAUUGUGCAAUUAUUCGUUCUUUGCGUGAAAAUUUUCAGAUCUCUUUCAUUUCCGAGAAUUAAUCCCCCUAUUGUGACGUUAAAGAUGAUCACUGCAUUUGCAUGCGAUCACCAAACAGUAUUAAAAACGUGUCUUGAAUUUAUUCUGUCACUCGUAUUUCAUUCCAUUUCAAACAUUUAAAAGCUGAAAAUGCUACACUGGAGUGCAUACAACUGUUUAGCAGACAGUAGAAAAAGGAAAGGGGAUGAAGACACAGUAGCAUCUUAACACGUAACAAGACUGGGACGAGUAGGAAUCCCCCAUGAUGGCAUGGGCUGCGAAAUAUACUGACUUCACAACAGUGAUGUCUUCAGUUUACUUUUCAAUGUAGUUAUUUUAACAUGAGCUUUGUCUAGUUCUUUUGGUCAUUAAUUAUGUUCCUAUUUUUUUUGCAAGGAGGAGUUGGCAGAUUUUCUGAUUGCUCAGGGUCAGUUGGCUCUGGGUCAAUUGGCUCAGGGUUAACUGACUCUGGGUCGAUUGGCUAUCUGUUAGCUGGUACCUUUCUUUUUCUGUUUGUCUAGAAAUGAUAUAAAAUGAUUUAAAAAAUGAUCAAAAUUUUCAGAAAGGAUUUGACUUUCAGAUGAGCAGUCAUCAAUCAAUAUCAUAAAAUCAACAUUCAAUGGAAAUGAGAAAGUUAACUUCAUCUUAUCAUCUCCAUUGAUAAGAUAUCUUUUACCAUCAGGUUGCCAUAGGUGAACAGGAGUACAGAGACCUGGAAAGUGGAGACUCUGAUUUAUCUAUAGACUCGCUAUGAUAUUAUUGGCUCUACUUGAAAGAGUACAAAUGGAUAUCUCUUCCAUCGAGGUAUAUUAUUCUUGCAGUACACCAAUUACUUAUCAAUCUUUAAUUUGCUAAGACCCCUCUAUUUGAGUUCAAUUUGAAUAGUAUAUUUUAGUUCAUUAAUACUUCAUUCAUUCAAUUUCCAAUUUGAAAACACUGCAAUGACUUAAUAAAUGUUAAUUCUACAGCUUUAACAACAACCAGAGGGAAUAAGCACCCAAAGGGUCUGCUGCUCAUGCAAGGGAACUUGUAAAAGAGGAUGCCCAUGCCAAAAGUCCUUGGAACACCCUGAGAUUUCUGCAAAUUCACGUGUUCCUUUCUAUUUCCAUGUCAACAAGGAGGGUGUUGCCCCCCUUCCCCCGCAUACAAUGUUGAUUCGCUAGCUGAAAACCAAAGCUAUGUAAAAAUGUAUCACUUGUACAUGUAGAAUUAUUCAUAUUUCCGUGGCACAACAUUGUACAAGGGGGGAGGGGAUCUUGCAGCUCUUGCACAACGUAAAUUGUAGCGAGUGUUCUAAGACUUUUGGCAGGCAUUGUCGGAUUUUUAUACAUCAAACUGAAAGGUAUAAACCCGCAACUUUUUCCGAACAUAGGGUAAUCGAGGGCGCUGAUUUCAUUGCCGAUGACGAAACAACUGUUUUUAACACCUUAUUGUGAUAAUGGUAGGGGGUUGCAUUUUUCUCUAUUUCAAGUGGGGUUCCAUUAUCUUUAUGUUAUAAUUUGUAUUUGUUUACGGUUUCUUAUGGCAUCUAUUAAAGCAAUUCAACAGGAGAUGAAACUCUCUAGCAACACAUAUAAACAAUAAGUAAACAGGCUACACCUUCUCUUUGUUUAUAUCUUCCAAUUGACACAUCCCUACGUAAAGGGCCAAGACCGUCAUUUACGUCAAAUACUUCACAGUUAGCUUCCAUUGAUUUUUCAGUAACAAAUGGAUUAGAAAACAAAACAGAGUGACGUGCAUUCAUAAGCAAUUGUGUUGAAAUGAAAUGUAUAUAAAUUCAAGUCCAUUGCAACCUUAGCAAGAAUCGAGAAGGUGCAAUGGUGUUCCGUGGCAAAAUCAACUCAAAAACGAGAGCCUAUGCAUAUUAUUUGCGAGUUGAAGGCUCUUUAUCAUAUCGAGAAAUUUCGAAAAAAUGUCAUAUAUCGCCGUCAAGUGUUGUUUGCAUAUGCAAGGAAGCUUUGGCCAUAAAAAAGCAAAAAAAGACAACGGGCCGACCACCAAUUAUGAGCAGAAGAGAAAAGCAGCGAUUCAUAAGGACAUUCCAGCAGCUAAGGAAUGAAAAUGCCAACGUAACUGUACAUGAUGUUGCAAAAGAAUGCAGUGUAACCAAAGUCAGUUACAGAACCCUGGUGCGAUUAAUGAACGAAAAUGGAUAUAGAUGCUUACAACCACAACAAAAAGGUUUGCUGUCAGAAAAAGACAGAAGGAGGAGGCAAUGUUAUACCAGGCAAGCAAUUCAAAAAUAUGAUCGGAAAUUCUGGACAGACGACGUCCUUCUCUAUUUGGAUGGUGUUUCUUUCGUUCACAAACGUAACCCCUAUAGAGACGCUUUGACGCCAAAAGGGAGAAUUUGGAGAAGAUCCAAUGAAGCUCUCAAGCACACCACAAAGGGGUCCAAAAGCUUACCUGAAGGGCAGAGACUCCAUCUUCUAGUUGGUGUUGGGUUCACAAAUGGCGUUGUCAUUGCAGAAGAAUAUCAAAAAUUCAAGGCAGAAUGGUUUGCAAGAUUUGUUCACAAAACUUUACAUCCUACACUAAUUGAAAUCAAAUCAAAGGAGAAAGAAAAGCUAUUUUUUUUAAUGGACAAUGAUCCAAAUCAGAGGAGCAAACUCGCUACCGAUGCGUUACACGAUGUAGGGGCAGAGCUCAUAGAAAUACCCCCAAGAUCACCCGAUUUGAAUCCGAUUGAAAAUAUUUUCAACAAGGUUAAGUCUCAGUUGGUAAAAGUCUCAUUAUAUUUGAAGAUCGAAAAAGAGAGUUUCGAAGAAUUCUGUGUUAGGGUUUUGCAGACACUUUUCAAUUUCGAUUCCUCCAUCAUCGAUCGUACGGUAGCAACGAUGCAUGAUCGUCUUAAAAUUAUAGCCAAAAAUGGAGGGUAUCGAACCAAGUAUUGACUGCUGUAACACUGACUAGUAAUUAAAGAAACUAUUUUUGAUGCUGUUUUUACCAUAACUUUCACUUAAUUAUGUGCCCAAUUUUGUAGUUAUAGUUAAUAAAUGUUUUGCUAUGUAUAUUAGUAAAUGUAAAUUUACAUAUGAAUAUAAAUUUACAUGUGUCUUCUUUGUACCUAAUAAUUCUACUGUUACUUGCUAUAUUGGAGAAAUAUGCUAUUCGUAUAAAAGGUUAUGCAAUAAGAAUGCCUCUUCCUAGCAACGAGGCUACCAAUUACAACAAAGACAAGACAACAUCUUGGCAGAUGGAUUGACGGUCUACACAACGGUCUACAAACUUUCAGGGAAUCAAAAUAAUUUCAUUUGAGAUAAUGUGGAGAUAAUAAAUACACAAAGGAUAGCUUUCUGUAAAGGAAGUUUGCCUGCAAAAAGUCGAAAACGUUUACACGACGAGUGCCUGGAAAUAAAGGAAAAUGUUCACGAUCUACGCUGUUUAUGAAAAGGAUUUGAUCUUGGCUCAUAUUUCUCAUUCAAAAUGUGUAGACCGUGGAAAGAUUUGUUAAAUUUGCUAAAUAUAUUGGCUGUUGGACAGAAAACGCACAACCAACGUACAUAGGCAAACAUUCCGCAAAUUUUGGUUACCUUUACUAGCAAAAUGCUUCAUAGAAUAUGGAGAAUUCUGAAUAAAAGAAAGUGUAGACCGUUGUGUAGAUUGUUGCGAGUCAUCAUCAAGUUUUUCUACGGAGCACAAAACUGCGAAGGAUAGUCAUGUGAUGAUCGACAUGUCAGUGAAGGAGCAUUGUUGCAAAACAAUGUCCAAAGGAAGGAACAGUUUUCUGGCAUUCCAAAUCAAAUUGAUGCCUGAAAGAAAAAAUACGCCAUCGAACAUUCAUCAUCUCUGUUUCUCGGUCGUCUAUAAUGGAACCCUUGACAAAAGAUAUUGGGGCUUUUGCUGUUGCAAAGAUUGGCGUGUCUCUGCAGAAUUCAAUGUCCUGGUUGUAUGUUGUUUUUGGUGCAGCAAAAUGGACAACAUGGCCUUCCAACAAGAACAACAUGUCAUGCCAUGGCAGUAUGACAGGCGACCACCUGAAGUCAUUUAAAAAGAUCACUUCUUUAUUCUCAACACCAUUGUAGAGCUGGCAAUGCGAAACAAUUGGGGAUCAUCUGAAGUACCCAUUUGAUCCAUCGAAUCCCACUUGCUGGCUAUUUACCGCCCAGAAGCAAUUUUGCCUACUGGUUUGAGGAAAGCUUGGCAAAAACAACUGCAAGGUUAUCCCAUCUUGUGUUUGGAGUACCAGAGACAAGUUUCCUGAUGCAAAUGGAAAUUAUACUGGAUUUUUAUUUGUGGAGUUCAAUCUUUACAUUUCCCUAUUGGGUUGAUCCGGUUUUUUUCAUUUGCUUUUAAUUUUUUUCAUUUCCAAUUUCUUUAUCUUAAUGUUCAGUUUGCUAAUUAUACUACAGUGUAUAACUAAUACAAUAACAUGAAAAUUAGGACAUAUAUUGUGGUAUUUCAUAUUUCGCUUUGUUCAUGUUUGUACGCUUUACUUGAGCUUUUACAAGUUCAGAAGUGGAUGGCGCUGGUGUUGAUGCAAUAUUUGGUGGAAACAGCUUUGCUGACUUUCUUGACACUCCAGUUUGAUAAACAGUAUUUUUGUCUAUGUGGCAUCUCCAUAAAGUUGUUGAAAUGAAACCUGAGAAUAAAAACCAAAUACAGUUUGAGAGCUUAGUGUAAAUGAAAGUUACAACAAUAUAAGCUUGAAAAUAAAAGUUGCAACUUCAAAUUGUACAUUUGUUUACACCAUAGUAAAUAUUUACUAUAUAUAGAAUAAUGUAAAGAAUUACUGUUCACCUGACUGUUGUGAAGUGCUCAAAACCAUAUAGACAGAGCUGGACAUAUUUAGGAAAAAACAAUAUGGUUCCAGUGACUAUACUGAAUUUCAUGCUUAAUGCAAUCACCAGGCAAAAAAAGGAGUUAAUAAUAAUGAAAUCUUUCAGAACUUUUAUAAUUUAGAUACACCUCCUAAUGUGAAACUUUCUCUUGUACCUCUUUUAGGUCACCAAGGCUUAUAACAGAUCACAGAGGCAGUACUGGCUUUAUUUGCAGGCUCUUGAAAAGUUACAAGACAUGAUGUCCAAUUAGUGAAACUGAUAAACAAAAUUCUUCUCCAAAUUAUCAAAGGAGACAAAUCGUAUAAAGACAUGCUUCUAUAAGCAAAUAGAUCUGGAACAAUAGAAAAUGCCACGUUGGACACUUUCACAGGGCAUGCUAGUGCAUUAUUAAAGGGCAUGCAAUAUCUGUAUCUAAAGAUGGUUCUAGAAGGCCCCGUGUUUUACCUGAAUUGCAUUCAUUGUACAUAAGGUGCCUUCUUUUUUAAUUGUUUCAUUGAGGAAACUUCUCAAUUUUUUUUAAUUUUCAAAAUUUCUUGAGUGCUGAAAUAAAUUGCUCCUUACCUACUUAAGGUAUGAAUACGCAAUCAUUUUUGGAUGUCAGCAAUUUAGUAACGAGUGAAAGCCUUCUUGACAGCUUGUUUGCACAUCAGGUGACAACCUAGACAUAUCACCAAGUAAGGUUCCAUGCAAACCAAUGGCACAUAGUUUGUCAUAAGAUUCUGAACCUUUGAAGAAGAAGGAAAUAAUUAGUUUGAGAAUAAUAUGUAUAUAUUGUAUUAUGUAUAAUAUGUGAAUAUAAAAAGUAGGAAAAACCUAUGUUGUUACAAUUGUUUUCUUGUUAAAAUGAUUGCUUUUUCAAUUGCUGCUAUAUUUCCUAAAAGUUAGAAAAAUUUUUAGAUACCCGUGGUAGAACAAUUAUUGGAACUAGAACCAAAAAAGUAUAGAUCCCAUGUGUGAAUACAAAUGAAAAUUUGCAAGUCGAAUUUGCAUUUUCAAGCUAUCAGAGAGUUUUCGAUUCAAGACAACUCAAUUGAAGACGGCUCAUGGAGGUCUCGGUACUAACUGAGUUGAGGCUCCCUCUUCCGCGGGUUCAAUUUAAGUUACGAAUGAGGAAGACGACUUAUAAUAGGCGCCAAAAUUGACUUUAUAUCGAAAAUGGGGGAGGAAAUGUUAGUUCUCAUGCAGGACGACAGGGAGAUCAAUGAUGACGAGUUUCUUGUCGUUCAUAAAGCAAAUAGACACGGGUAUUUGCAUGUUGGACUUCCAUAUUGGAAAUAUGAAUGUUUUAAUCUGGAUGUGAUGCGAGAGGCUGAGUGUGAGGUUGAGUUUCGGUUUAAGAAACAAGACGUAGCUAGGCGCGCUGCUGCAUUACACCUUUCAGAUGUUUUUAAGUGCUCAAAUGGGGUGGAAGUGGGGCCAGUUGAAGCACUGUGUGUUUGCCUCAAACGUUUUGCAUGCCCAUGCAGACCUGAUACCAAGGUUUGGAAGAUCCGUGUCUCAACUCUGCAUGAUAAAUAGCCUUGUGGUUAAUUUUUUAUAUGAUUCAUUUGCUGACCGGCUUCUAAACCUGAACCAGCCAUGGCUUUCCCCACAACACCUGCAGAUGUAUGCACAUGCUAUUCACAACAAAGGUGCUGCAUUGGAUAACUGCUGGUGAUUCAUUGAUGGCACAGUUAGACCGAUCUGUAGGCCCAAGGACAACCAGAGGGCAGUUUACAAUGAACACAAACGGGUUCAUGCCCUUAAGGUCCAGUCAGUUGUGACUCCUAAUGGCCUUAUUGCAAAUCUUGUUGGUCUAGUUGAGGAAAGACGACAUGAUAGGUCCAGUUGAGGAAAGAAGACAUGAUAGUGGCAUGUUAACCCUUUCAUGCCUGGAAGGGCCAUAUGGCCCAUACAUCAUAAAACCUCGAAAAAGACGUUUUUAUAAUAGCUUUCCUUGGGGGCCUGCACAGGCCACUCGGCCCAUUUAUGCUGCCAUUAUGCUCAAAGUUUGGUGGCCCAUACAUGAAGUACUUGGGAAUAAAAACCAUUAGUUUGGUGCAGUGGUCAGGAGGUGUGGUGUCGUGAAGUUUUGACAAUCUAUUUAAGGUAAGAAACGUUUGUUUUGCAUCAAAUAAAAAAUUCCUGGAUCUUAAUUUAUCUUUCUUAAUUACAUUUAAACUGUCUGUUUCAUUUGUAUGUUUCCUUGUGUUUAAUGCUUUAAAAGUAAUGAUUUAUUGACUGGGCCAUAUGGCCCUUCCAGGAACUCGAAGAUGUUGUUGUUGAGCUUAGGCCCUAAAGCAAGUAUUCUUUUUCUCUCUUUAGAACUUGAAUUAGCAGUAAAAAACUUAGGUUGAGUGUCACGAUCAAACUACUUUAUUUUUAACAUCAUAUAUUUUCAUAUUUAUCACAGUAACUAUGGAUACAUUAAUAGAAGAGCAUGAUGUGAAUGGCGAGGUCGAGCAUUGGGUGGUGUUGACACCAGGUUUAGAAUCCGAGGAUGAUAAUGACUCUGGUUCAGAAAGAUCAGAAUAUGGCUCAGAUGAUGAUGCUCCUUUAGCAGAUAUCAUACCCCUGGCAGGACUGGCAGGAAAGGGAGAAACAAAUGAGGAGCACACCUAUCGCUGGAGAAAAGGAAGACCACCAGCUGCAAAGAAUUUCAUUGAAAGGUGAUGAGGAGCUUCAUGGCUAUGAGAAUUUGAUUGCUCCCAUUGACUAUUUUCGAAAAAUUUUUGAUGAUGAAAUGGUUGCUCGAAUCGUUGAUGAAACAAACCUGUACUCUACAUAUGAUGUGAACAGAGGCUCAAUAUCAACAUGCCCUGAAGAAAUUGAACAUUUUCUUGGCAUUCUUUUACAAAUGUGUAUUGUACAAAUGCCAAGAUACCGAAUGUAUUGGCAGUCAUCCACAAGAUAUGAACAAGUGGCAAAUAUUAUGAGUAGAGAUCGCUUUGAGCUCAUCAAAAGGUUUCUUCACUUUGAAGAUAAUUCAAAUGCCCCAGACCCUAAGGAUCCCAAUAAAGAUAAGCUCUUCAAGGUGAGAAAGCUGUUUGAGAUGCUGAGGCAGAAUUGCUUGAAGGUGAAGCCUGAAGAGCAUAACUCUGUUGAUGAACAAAUAAUUCCAUUUAAAGGAACAAUCAGUGUUUGCCGGUAUUUACCAAAAAAGCCAAUGAAAUGGGGCUAUAAAGUAUUGUCAAGGAAUGGAGUCAGUGGAUUCUGUUAUGAUUUCAUUCUAGAUGGUGCACCAGAUCCUAGCAGAGAAGAAUUUGAUAGCAUCGGUUUUGUAUCCGGAGAUAUUGUGUUGAGACUCUGCUCUACCCUGCCAAGCCAAAUGAGCUACAAAGCCUAUUUUGACAAUUAUUUUACAUUCUUGGAAUUCUUGCAGAAAUUGAAAGAGUGGGGAAUAUGGGCUGUGGGAACAAUGAGGCAAGACCGCAUGAGAGGAUGUGAGUUGCAAGAAGAGAAGGUAUUGAAAAAGGAAGGAAAGGGCCUUUGAUGCUGCUGUUGACCUGAAUUCAGGCCUAGCCAUAGUGAGAUGGUUUGAGAGAGCUUAAUCCGUCAUCACUAAGAUGUGUUCUUGUAAGGGGGCUUUCCCCUGACAAAUUUUGACCUGUAAUUGUCUAAAGUAGAUAUUACAAAGCUUUAAUCUGCAGGACAUUCAAAUGUUAGGAUUUGUCUCAAUAAGUCAGAAAACUUUAUAUGCAUAAGUCAUUGUUUCCAUUACCUUUGCUCCCCAAAAAAAACACAAACAACCACAAUAUUAAACAGAGAAAAAAUUACCACUUUAUUCUUCAAUUAGAAAUGGAUAUCUCAGUUUGAUUUGUGUUUUCCCAAGUACCUCAAAAUACUGUUAAUAAAAAUACUGUAAAUACUGUUAAUAUACAACAAAAAUGAACUUAAAACUACUGUUUGUGAUUUUAUUGCUAAUUUGGAAGUAAUCUGUAAUCUGUAAAUUUAAAGUAAUUUACAAUAUCUCCAAAUACUGGACUGGAUGAACUGGUUGAAUGCCUGUUCUUCUGGAGAAAGGUUAGGUCUUCUGGCAAAUGGGCAUUGGAGAUGGACUCUGGACUCUGUGGGGAUAAGCUGGGUAUAUGUAUAAGCAUAAAGGCACAAUGCUUGGCCAGUUGGGGAAAAUGAAUGGUGUUCCAGAUCAUGCAAGAGACCUGACAUACUUUAAGAUUGGCCUAAGCGCAGUUGGAAAGAUCUACAGGGUGUGUGCAUUACUACGCAAUGUACUGACAUGUUUAUAUGGUAACACAACAUCCAAGUUUGUUGGUGUUGAUCCUCCAAGUCCCAUUAAUUUUUUUUGAGAUAAUUUUUAGGUGCUUAUUAAACGUUUGUUUAUUUUUUGUAUUACACAACUCAAGUGAAAGAAAAUUCCAAAAUUUAGCAAACUGAUAGAAAAUAAAUUUUUGACUAUAGUCUGUAGCUCCAAAAGGAAAGGAGACCAAACCCAAAGAGGAUUGACGAGUAUUGUGAUGGUGUAGUGAUCUCCAUUGAUGCAAUAAUGCCCUUCAUUGUCUCACUGUGAUUAACACCUUUCAUUACCUCCGUACCCAAAAUAACGUGAUCAACAACACUUUUGUAGCUUUCCUUAUCCUAUGUGUAUACGCCCAGUUUUGUAUUUAUUUACUUAGUCAGUAAAUUCAUCAAGAGGCAACAGUCAUGCAACAACUUUCUAGAUCUUCUUAUCAAAUGUAAUUGUAGGAACAUCAUUAUCAGCAGCCCUUUAAUGCUAUUGCUCACCUAUAUGAAAAUUAUAACCAUCCUAAAAUUAUGGUGAUAAUACCAACUCUGAGCUUAAAAAAGUCAUAUAAUGAAGUUUCCAAAAUUUCCAAAACGAGGCCGUACGUCGAAUUCGUGUAUGGAUCGACCAGACUAGAUAAACCUUUGACCCAUGUUUAAACUGAUAAGGCUCUUCAGCCAGAAUUGCUCGACACAGCAGCACAUCAUGUUCCAUUGUCCAUGUGAUUUUAGGCCUAUUCAUAAUAUUUAAUCCUCUUUUAUCCUUCAAAACUACACAAUAAGUGACAUAGAUUCAAAUAAGUUUUUUCGAAAUAAAGAUUGAAAAAAGUUCCAUAAGAUUAAAGUCAUGAUGUCACACGGAAGGGCAGAACUUGUUGCUGUCAUUCAAGAAAAUUUAGCAGAUAUUUUGUCAUGGAUUUCAACAAAAAGAACUUUAAAUAGAUAUACAAUUCUGUUCAGCAUAAAAAUGCUUCAAAAAGUCAUCUUUAGCUCAAUUUAAAAAACACUGGCACUUUAAAAAACAAAUUAUUUUUGAAACUUUUUCAAAAACGACCUUUGACCUUCAUGCUAUACGAAAUUUAUUACGAUUGAACUGAACAUUUGUAGUACAAUUGUUUGCACAUCUACAGUCAAUUCUUUCACAUUACUUUUUGUAUAUAAUGUGAAUAGUCCAUUCUCUCUACAGAUAACAGUUUUUUUAGACUCCCAGCCUCGUCCUCUUGUAGAGUGUUUUGGUUCCUGACAACUGGUAAAUUAACUCUACACCAGGUGGGCGAUUCUUUCACGUCUAAGAAGAGGCUCGAAAUUUCAAAAUAGGAGCUGAAAUACCUGUAGACAGGUUUUACUUUUGAAAACUAAUAAUAUGACUACCCAUUCCAUCAUGGAAAGGGCUGCAAAUCAUUUUAAGGGUCUUCUCAACAGUGUCAAAUCAAAAUUCCUUGUCACUGAGGUAUGUAUAUUGAUGCUAUUUUGGAGCAAGAUUAUUUUUGUCAUAUUUGUGUUUUCUCACAUUCAUAUUCAAGCAGGGCUGGUGCUCAGAGGAGUGGGGGCGUCUGGUGGUUACUCGGCAAAAAGAAUCAUGGUCUGCAGCGGCCAUGGUGAAAAACUCAAUACUAAUGAAUUUGGUUGUUCUACAUUUAAUUGUAUAUUAUGCUCAUUGUACUUGAGCUCUGUAACUUUUCAUUGUCACUUGUGUAGAUUAUAAAACUAUAUUUGUAUAAUUAAUUUUUGUAGAUAGAACAAAAAGGGAUAUUUUAGCUUAUAAUGAAAAUGCAGUGAAACUAAACAUAAAAAGUAAGACCAUGCUUGUGUUGUAACCAGAUUCUGUGUAGAGGUUUGAAUAUGAAUAAAAAGCUUUGAAUUGGGCAUAUUUUUGCAAACUGAUUUGUACCAUAUCACUUCUUAAUUACCAGAUUCUAACUGUUUCAAUCAUUCAGCGAUUGGAUGAGUUUGACAUCAAUGGUGAGAGGUACAAUGCCAUGUUGAAAGACACUUGCCUUCUUCUUAAAUGUGGAUGGUAACUUUCCUCAGUACUAUUUAAGACUUCAGAGAUGAUCACUUAUCAUUAAACCAAGAACAUCUUAUUGGUAUCCAUACAUUAGCCUAAACUAAGGCAACAGUGAUGAGGUCGUGAACAGCAAACAUCAAAAAGUUCACAGGGAAUCUGGGGAAAGGUAGGCAGACUGUAGAGAACUUAGUAAAGAGCUUUUGAAAAGUAAAUGAAACUAAUUUUGUUGGUUCAAUCCUGAAUCCCCGGAAUAAAUUAUCUUAUAAUCCAAAAAUUCAAUGUGUUUAGAGAAAUUUUGGCUAAACUACGAGGGCGAUACUGACUUCAGAUUUUCAAAGAAAGAGUGGCACCGACUGCUCACUGUCAACUUUAAUUAUUAUGAAUGUUAUGACAUGAAGUUAUGGAAACGUGUGGUGUUUUGCAAUAUUUACAUCCCAUUUCUAUAUACAGAAAAUUUAGAUUAGCUAUGGAGUUACAUAACGAAACUAAGGUUGUGGUGGUCUAUGAUUGCUACACAAGGAGCAUAUCAUAUAACUAGUCUUUUAGAGGGGUACAAUGUUUCAAAAACAAGAAGGUUUUUACAACAAGAUGCUGUUCUGAAAGUAUACGUGGCUUCAACCGUCACGAUUGCAAGGUGAACACGUUGAGAUCGAGAAAUUAAUUUGAAUAGCUAGCCUUAGCAGCAAGUUUUUUGCCUAGUCCAUUAAAGUAAAAGGAGAAUAAGAAAGUAAAUGUUUUGAACGAUUGAUGAGGUUGGUGCUGGAAGAUAAGUAAAAGGAGAAUAAGAAAGUAAAUGUUUUGAACGAUUGAUGAGGUUGGUGCUGGAAGAUUAGCCAAGGCCUCUAGUUUAAUUCCGUUUUUUGUUUAAUUUCAUCCUUUUCUGAAAGGACUGCGAAGACUAUUUAGUAAAGCUCUUGUCACAACUUCUUCUAGCUGAGUCAAUGGAUAACACUCAUACAGACGUGAUUGAGAUAGAAGAAUAUGUUCUGGUUCUUGCUGAACUUCCACUUUCGAUCAGGUCCCUGACACUGUUGCCAUUUUUCUGGACCUUUGCUCCUGAAAUUAAAUUGAGAGCAUGGAUUAUUGGAUGAAAAUUAUGCCGGGCCUGAUCUGUUGAUGAAAAGCAUGCAUUUGCACUUCAGGAAAUUUGGUCUCUCUGAAGAGGACAACCUUCAGAUUCUAAUCCAACUUCGCAUCAAGCUUGGACAUUUCUUCCAACAAGAAAUUGAAUGAUCGUUUUUGUCCAUCUUCCAAAUGUCUACUAAUUCCAGACAUCUUUGCGGUUAACUGAUUUUUUGUUUUCAAUCAUUAGUUUAAAGAUUCAUGAUAUUUGCUUCUACAUCAAUAUGUAGGGUAGAUGACCUCCCUUUCUAGUGUUUAAAGUUUGCAAUUUUUCCUUCAGAUUCUUUGAAACAUUUUGUUCAAUUGAUAAAGAAGUGCAAAAAGGAAAAAGAAAGUUACAGGCAAAAAAUUUAGGCAUACAACUCCAUUGCAGCUGAUUACCAGAUGCCAAUCGCCAAAGAAAAAGAAGUUGCCUGUGGGGAAAUACUUUGGCAUGAAAACUCGCUUCUGUUAGGUUAGUUUGAAGCUCAUUAAUCUUAAAAAUAACUAGUUAUAUUUUUUCGAUCUUAUUAUCUCACCUCUGUUGUUGCUGUAUUGAGAAAUAGUUGGUAGUAUUUUAUCUAUAUUCUUUUUGUCUGGUUUAGAUGAGACAAUGAAUUCAAAGAGAGCUGUGGUGGAGAAGAUGCUUCUCACAACCAGAUUGAAAAAAUAAUUUUCCUAGCUUCUUUGUGAAAUUAAGGACAAUGUUAAAUAUUAUAGGUCCUGUGUAUUGCCUAAACUAGCGUAUAGAAAAAAAGAAAUCCUUGAAAAAUUAAAUGAUAUGAUGGGUAGGUUUUCUGACUAUUUCGUGAACUACUCUAAUGAUAGAAACAUUCUUAAGGGUUCAAGGCUUUGUGAAUUUGUAACUGAUAAACUUACUUAUUGCGGUAUUUUUUAAAUUUCUUAUAGAAACAGUAAUUUUCAUCUAUGUCCUAUUUUUUACAGCGAGAGAGGGCAUUGCAGCACAUUCACCACCAAGGGAAAUACCACUUAGGGAUCUGUCGGUAAGUAGUAUCUUUUCUGUCAGGAAUAGAUUAUCUUUUCAUUGGGCUUUUACAUAUUUACUGUCUUUCUGAACUAUUAUUUGUUAAGAUCAAUGUAAGUUACUUGUACCAGGAAAAUUUUUUCUAUAAUAAUAAUAAUAAUAAUAAUAAUUGUACUGCACGCAUUUUAGUAUAUUAUUUGUUACCUUGAUAAUAGAGGUUUAUUUUAGCAUUUUGAUUGUUCUAUCUAAAGAUCUUUUGUUAAUCUACAAAAACCAUUGAAUCAAACACAACUGAGUGGAUAUCUUUGGAGAUAACUUUAUAAAAAGCUAUCAAAUAUCUGUUCCUUUUACGACUGACAAUGUUUAUAGAUCUUGACUCAAUUUUGGCUAAUUUUCUUAUAUCAACAGAUAAAGACUGGAUAUCAUGCCAAAUUAAGCAGUUCUUCUGUUGCCCAAGGAGCUCUUGCUGUCAUCGAGAAGAGAAUGCACUUCCCACAUGUACAAAUUCACCUUGCUGCCAACACCUACAGAAAGCUUGUCGAUAAUGAGCCUGAAGACCAAUCCUCCUUGGAAAAUAAUUUGUACCAAGCCUUUGAGGAAUUGAACAAUGAAGAUGAGACUGAAGGCCUAUCUUUCGAAGAAACUGAAGUUUUUUACACAGGCUGAUAACACUGGUUGUCGGAUGAUGUGUACAUUGUUGAAAAAACAGAAGAGGAAAACUCUGAAAUAUUACUCUUGUCAAGUGAAAGUUUCAAUUCCUGUUUUGAAAUAAUGGAUGUUCUAAUACUUGUAUAUUUCGUUGCAUCAUCUUGGGAUUUUACUUCGUCUGUUCAGACUACAAGAUCCCUCACCUCCAUCGCAGAAUGGAAGUACUUCUGAGCGAAAUUUUGAAGCCGCUCUUGAGGGAGACCGAUUGCACACUUUCAUUUCUGACUUGGUUCUGCACUCUGGAACAGAGGCAGUCACAUAAUUGUGUUUAAAACUUGAGCUCCUCCAUUGAAUUGAAGGAAGAUGUGUACCUUGAGCAUGCUGAAGAUGACUGUCUUCUUGAAUUUCACUUUGAUUGUCUGCACUUCCUGAAAAAAAGAGAAGUGUGGUGAUUUCAACAAAUAAAGGCGAAUCUUCCUUGUUUCUUCUGCAUGGAAAGACUAUUUUAUUUGUGGACGCCCACAUCAAUCCAACAUUAAUGAAGUUGAUUCCAAAAGAUCUGGUCCGAUAUUGAUGAAGUUCGUGGAAUCACCACCAAUGUGAAAUGUUCAUUGGCUGUCAUGUGGUAUUAAUAAGCAAACUGUACAAUGUAUCACAGACAUUCAUUUCCUAUAAACUUUUUGACUUUGCAAAGACCAGCACAAAAUUUGAAUGUACAACAGUCCUUGCGACAGGAGAUUCAAAUGGUUGCCUUCAUUUUUCCGAUGUGCCAUGUUUGACAUCAGAGAAAAGUUUUGUGAACAAGAAAGACAAAGAAUGGCUAGAGGCUUAAAACUCUUUUCUGGCCAAACCCCUGAUUCUGGUACAAAUUUGUACCAGUGAAAACUUUGGUCAGCGGUUGCGGGUUAGGCCUCAAAUCUAAAGGGAGGUUUUAUCAAAAUGUUCAGCGUGCUUUGCUCUUUCAAAUGAUACCAAGUUUUUAUCGAUCCAGAUUGCGAAUUAUUUUUACUGUUGAAUCAAAAAAUCCGAAUUUUCUCAAGGAAUAUCAGCUGACUGUUUAUCCUGACUCAGAUGUUGUCAGUAGGCCGCAACCAAACAACAACAAAGACAGCUCUGAUGAAGAUAGCGAGGAUGAGAUUUCAGUUUCUUCCAAAAAGAAGCCUCCUUUGAAAAAAACAACAACGGCUCAUAGCGAGAAGAAAAACUUCAUCUCCAGUUAGGCAAGCAGCCUCAAGCUCAAUAACAUUAGCUAAUUCAGACUGAAAAGAAGGCUAUCCAACUGAAGCUAACUAUGUUCCAGAAAUAAAAUUCAUGCCAAAUAGAGGGCCGGGUAUACAAAUUAAUGCAAGGACCUGUGCAGGAAGAUUAUCCAUGCUUGCAAAUGAACUUUCCUUCUUCAUGUUAUUUUCUACAGAAGAAUUGAUUGGAAUGCUGUGUUCAUUUACCAACAAAUAUGCAUCAGCCCACAUUGCAGCAAACAGGUCUUAUCAAAAUUUUGAAUUUGGGUGGUCAGAGGUCUCUGUUGGGGAAUUCAAAAAUUUUAUGGCUUGUCUAGUUUUCAUGGGUCUGGUUGACCUAAAAAGACAGGAUUUAUACUGGUCAUCUGCCACAUUAUAUUCUGGUUCCUGGGCUAAAAGACUAGUUCCUUCUAGGAAGAGAUUUAGAGCCAUUAUGGCUUUCUUUCAUGGAAAUGAUCCAGCUGAAGAGAAUGAAAUGACAAGCUUAGACAAAUUCGAUACAUCUAUGAAGAUAUCCAGAAUAAAUGCAGAUAAUUGUUUCAGGGUGAUAGAGAAGUGGCUAUUGAUGAAAGAAUGGUGAAAUAAAAAAAUAGGUCAGGCAUCCGGCAAUACAUCAAGACAACCAACAAAAUGGGGCAUCAAAUUUUUGUACUCGCAUAUUCAAAAACCAGCUACACUUAUGCAUUUGACGUAUAUCUUGGAAAACGCGGUACAAAACCAUCUGCAAUGGGCAUUGGUUAUGAUGUAGUUGUUGGGCUGAUGGCUGAUCUAACAGGGCAAGGCUAUAGAGUGUAUACAGAUAACUUCUAUACCUCUAUUCCCUUGCUCUGUGAGUUAAAAAAUAGAGGAAUUCUAGGCUGUGGGGUAACUGCAGGAAAUAGAAAAAAAUUCUUCCCAAAAGUAUUGAAGGACCGGUCAAAGAAGGCACAAAGAGGACACCAGAGAUGAAUAAGAGAAGAAAAUGAUACAGCAGUGGCAGAACAAUGCCUUAGUGACUCUGUUGUCAACCAUUCAUUCAGGCUCUGAGACAUCCACUUGCAAAAGAAGACAGAAAGAUUCCAAGACUGGUGUAUUUGAAGUAAAAGAAUUUCUCCAGCCAAAGGCAAUAGAGGAUUACAACAAAAAUAUGAAAGGUGUUGACAAAUCAGAUCAACUCAUUGGUUCUUACAAUGUUUUAAGAAAUGUUAAAAAAUAUUGGAAAGUUUUCUUUCUUCAUUUGCUGAAUAUUGCAAUAGUCAACUCAUAUAUCCUGUUUGAAAAAUUUUGUAAAUCUCACCCUGAGAGAUCCCACUUACAAAGAAAUAAGGACUGUGACCAAUUAAGCUACAGAGAGGCAGUCAUAAGACAACUGGCUGAAAUAGAAAGUGGUGAAGCCCCUCCAGCAGCUGUAAGGAAUGUUUCUAUGUUUGCAUCUGGAGUUGCCCACCUUCUGGUAUUCAGCAAAAGUUGUGGUCGUUGCAGAGUGUGUCCACAUUAUGGUGACAAACAAGGCAGAUCAGAAAUAACAAGCAGUGGUUGUGAGGUACAUCUAUGUGUAAAGAAGAAAAGAAACUGUUUUGCAAUUUAACAUUCAAAGGGGUACAAGGACCCAGAUGAAGUUUUAUGUAUAUUUUAUGGACGUUCAUAAUUUUUCUUCUGUUUUGUUUAGUUAUAUUUUUACUUUAAUGUAUACUUUAAUUGAAGUCACAAGUAAAAAUUUAAAGGGUGCACAAAUAUAUCAGUUCAUUAAAUUGAUUAUAGGGCUUUUUUAAUCUAUAAAUCACAUAUCUGUUAUUUCUUAACAUAAAACCCCCAUAUUUCCCCUGCCAAUAUCCCCCCUAAAAAUCAAAUUAUCUGCUAAAAUAUGAUAUAAUUUGAAAAACAUAAGUAUAUUGAAGUAUAAAAUUGAAUUAAAAGUCAUGCAGCCUAGACCUUGAUGAACUGGGAGGCCAAGAGAAAAAAUUAAUUUUGAAUAAAAAGAACAAAAGAAGUAAUUUUGGGGGGCUUGUUCAAUUUUUCUCUCUCAAGCGCAAAUUUUUUGUUUAAUGCCCGAUUUUAAAAUUCAAAUUAUUUUCCAUUUUUCAAGCUUCAUAAACAUAUCCUGCAUGAAUAACCUGCACCUGCAUGUAUUUACAACCAGAGAUUUUUUUCACCCAGAAAAGAUAGUUUUUCGAAAAUGAUGCAUAUUUAAUUUUCUUGCCCUUUUCAUCCUUGACGAAUUGCGUCUGCUCUUACACGACCGUAACAGUGAACAUCAGUGGACGUGAGCUUCUCAUCGAUCUUCAAGUCUUUAAAAUGAACAUACAAAGUACCUGAAUGCAAAAGAAAUUGUACAAUUGUAGCUAUUUUAAGGGAAAGGAGGCAUUUUCUCUCAGUCGAAUUUAGCAAUUUAUUUAAUCAUUAACACAAACAUCAAUGCCGACAAGAAAAGAUUUUACACGUUUAUUUUUUUGUGGGUAGUGGUAAAAACGUCCAAAAUAGGACUAAAUCUAGCUGUGAGGCACGUUUGUUGUCAUAUUCUUGAAUUCUGACUGGCUAAUGGGGUAUGCAGAAUUUUGGUCGUUCAGCCAAUCAAAGAUUUGGAACCUAUGCUCUUUGGAGGUCAUUUGGAAACCAGGGGGAAUCCUAUUUCUUCUGAGCUUUAGUACUGCAUAUGUAAGGCUGUGGUCAGCAAUUCCAGUAUUAAUCUCUCCUGAUCUUAUUACUUGCUUUGUUCUGGAUGUUAUCAUUAGAUCUAACAGUGUUCUUGACCUCUCAGUGAUCCUUGUUGGCAGUUUUAUCAUAUUCUCCAUACUCAAUUCGCUUAGUACCAGAGAAGACAUUUACCUGCCAAGCAUUCCUCAGCUGAAUUGUUAUUGAAGCCUAGGUCCGAGUUAAAGUCACCCACUAUCAUUAUAUUCUUGCUAUUUCUCCAUACAUUCUGUCAAUAAUUUUCCAAGUUGGCAUAAAACUGUUGGUUGUCAAAAGGCCUGUAGAUAACACCAAUUAUAUUCCUUUGUGAGUGUAAUUUUAUGUCAACCAAUAUUGAUUCAAUGUUGUUCACGAUGUUUUUGACAAGGAAAGGAGCUACAUCCAGUGUUUCUUUAUAGCACAACAUAACUCUACCCCCUCCUCCUGUACUUCGAUCAUUUAUUUCCAUUUUGUAGCCAUCUAUCAUUAUCUCAAUAUCAGAAUUAUUUAUGUUAACUUUUCUUUCAGUUACACCAAGUAGGUCCAGACUGGUUAUUUCUAGCAUCAACUUCUCUUCAUCCAGUUUGUUUCUUAUUAGAAUCCCAUUUACAUCAAUAUGUGCUACACCGAGAUUUUCUUUUCUUUGACACAGCUUACUCUCUAGUAGCUGAUAGCAACAUUCUCCAUCCACUUUGCCAAUUCACGUUUCUUGUUGCUGUCAUGAUUGAUGUUGUUGUUGCUGGGCUAGGCAAGGGGACAUACCCAUGGUCUUGGCACUGACAGUUUUGCAUACAAUAAUAACAUCAAAAUGCUCCGUGAGUACAAACCAUCAGGUUCUUGCAUACUGAAAAAGGCUGUUUAACUGGACCUGGAUUUAAUUGGAUAUCGCCAGAAAGUAAGGCAAGCACGAGAAAUGAGUCUCGUUGUAUCUGAUAGCUGCAACAAGAUGUAGUUUUGCCAAAGUAGGAAACUUUGGAUUUGUAAAACUUUGUCCUUGUUCGGAUAGCGAGAGGAGCUGCAGCUCCUGGAUAGCAAUCUAGCAUGGACCUAUAUAGCUCUAAUCUAAAUCUCCAUAUAUCUUGUGCAUCGUGCCUCAAUCCAUUAAGAUUUUUGUUGUAGCUUCUUCCAUUAACAUUUGUUUGAGUGUUAAGAACUGUACAACACGAUAUCUAGUGUUAAUAGCGAUGCACAACUAGGAUUAUGAGCAUCCAAGUUGAAACACGCCUUGCUACCAUAACAAUUCAUUGAAUGUUAAAGCAAAGCUUUUGCAGAUGUGUGUUGGCGUUAUUGGCGCUGGCAUUUGAACUCAUGCUCUUGAAAAAUUUAAGAAAAUAUGAAAAUCUACGAGAGUUUUGCUAGAAUUCUGCACCUAAGAGACAGUCUGUUACCUACUUUCCUCACCUUUUUUUUAACUGGUGUGAAAUAAAGCAGCCUGUAUCCGAGCGAAAUGAAUCAUGUGCAAGUAUGACAGUUUCACUCAACAGGCUAAUGCAGGGAUUCUAUAAAAAUCACACAAAACAGUAAAAAGUUUGCGAAAUUCUCAUUGUUGAGAGUCUCGAGAAAAGUUGAGAUUUUUUUGUUCUUCAGAAAGUGGUCACUUUUUCUUGAAUUUUUCUUUGCGUGCUUAUUUCAGCAAGAUCAAUGGAACAAACGAGCUCUUUACAUUAUACUGAUAAGAAACUAUUCAUAAAAAAUUAUACCCCUAGCCCUAAACUAGUUCCAAAUGCAGCAAGGUGCCACCACAACUUCCCGCACUCCCAUUUGACCAGUUUUGCUCAUAGAUCAUCAUCUGCUUGAAGCUGGUCAACGAUAUGAAUGCUUUCCUACUCGAUGACUGCUGCCUUUCUCUUCUGUCUUGUUUGGUUUCAGGCUUUUGUACAUUAUCAUUUGGUGCAUUGGCCUCUUUCAGUUCUGGAGAAAGCUCUAGGUGGGGGGGGGGGGAGUUUUUGUAUCGGGCAUUCUAUGAAAUGGCCAUUGAAGCUUAACACGGCACUGCAGGUUACAUUAUUGUGUCCCCUAAUAAAAUCCAUAAUACAAGGGAGUUUCUAAUCCAUUUGAUUUCGAACAUUUUCCUCUUGAGCAGUGACAGCAUCUUCAAUGUUGAUUUUCGGUCUCCAGUGGGUCUUACAUUGAACCGUAUAAUCCUCCCAGAGAUUGGUUAGGUGUUCGUUAUUCCAACGAUGCAAAUAAUGACUCAAAACCCACACUGCAUAUUGUUCCUGCUCUUCACAACAUCUGCCAUUACGUCAUAGUUGACAUAUUCUUAGAGAUAGCAUUCUGGUAAGCUGAGCAAUUUCUCCAAAUUACACGUUGAGCAGGAGCUUCUCUAUCACUUAAAAUGAAUAAAGAUAACUGAAAGGCUGUGAGUUCAACACUAAGUCUGCAAGAGUUUUCUUCCACCGUUAUGCGUGACAUUCGCAUAGCUUUGACAGAUGAUGAGGAUCGUCAAAUGGCUGUCUCUUGGUAGUAGAACAGGAUUCUUAGCUUGCACCUCUGGAUUUGAUAUAUUUGGUCACACCGCAACUUAGUUCCAUCCAUUUCCUUGAAUAUGUCAAGCUGAGAUUCUAUUUUCUUUAGGUAGGCUUUGUCAAAAGUCAUGUGCGCUGACUGAAUUAGAAUUUUCUCUGCAUUUUAAAUUUUCUUGGCUGAAAAUUCAUCUAUCCUUCAAUCAACUUUAUUUCUGAUGUUGCAGAUGAACUUGGUACCUUAGCUGUUAUUUGUAGCACCUUGGCGUAAGAGUUGUGUUUUUCAACAUCAGUUGUUUCAGAAAGAUUGGGAGUAUUCUUCGCAGAGGUACUGAUAAGUGCUGUCGUCGGUAUAGCAUCAUGUAAAGACAUCAGCUCAUUUUUUGAAAAAGAACAGGAGCUUGCCAUCAGAACUACUCCUAAAUUCAAUCCAAAACACAUCAGCCCCCCUCAGUUUGCCAAGAUGAAAGUGAAGCUUGUUACCCAGGUCUUCAGCCACUCUGUUGCUGCUGAGAUUUUUACUUGUGUUGCACUGAAUAGCUUAUCAUCUUCUGCCACAGGCACUGCAGACCUUUUAACACAGUUUGAUAAGCUUUUUGACACAUGUAAUUCUUUGAGUUUUAAGGAUAGCAAAAUAUGCCGACAUCCAAUAACAUUUUCAUCUCCACACCUGGAAAAAAUGGCAGAGGGGGUGAGAUUCAUAAAAUCCAUCAGGGUAGUUAAUGGAGCAAAAGGUGAAAACCGUACACAUUAUCUAAAGUGUCUAAAAGGAUGGUGUAUUUCAUUGAAUGCAAUUUCAGAACUUUGGUCAAGAUUGCAUGGCAAUUUCAAUAUAAGUUUUUUGGUAUCUAGGCAAUUAAACCAGGGUCCAUUGGCAUUGGAAAACUUUUUUGGGUCAAUUGGGCAGCAGGGGGGAAUUUCAGAUAACCCAACUCCCAUUCAGUUCAAGAGAGCAUACAGGUUCAAACCUUCUGCUUUUCCAGCAAGGACUAAAGAGUGGGCAAUCUUUGAAUGAAAUUGCAACAGCGUCAACACAUCCUUCCUUUUUCCUUUCUUUGAUCACAAUGUCUGCGAUACAGCAGCCAAGCAUUCACAAUGCAUAUACCAAUAAGAUAAUGCACAAUGUGCAUGUACCACUUGCGGGUUCCAAGCCUGAUCCUGUAUAAUGCUAACAGCAUAUCACAAAGGUCAACUCCUCCCAUAUGUUGGUUAUACUGAGCAACAAUUUUUGGGCAAGGGACAUCAAUUUUUUCUUUUCUUAUUCUACUCCAUCGCUUCACAAGAUCUCCAAGCUCAAUUCCUUUGAAUGAUUAGAUCAGGGUCAAAACACGGACUGCCAACGAACAAGGACUGUGUUCGAGUUGGCAUCCACAUAAGAAUCAUAUGCUCCGCGACUUUGUUUUUCCAGCUCUUUUUUGCUCUUCAGAAUAGCUUGUGCACGAAGUAGCCUAUUUGCACAAAAUGUUCCAUUAGCCCAGAUUCCCUCUUUCUCUAAGUUAGUUACCAGCUCAAUACUGCUAAACAAAUCGACUUUAUGGCCGACAUUUCUUGGUAGGUGAUCCAAGUUGGUCAACUUUACUAAAUUCUUGGAUCUAGUUGCUUCCGUGUGUAAAUCUCAAGGUCAUAUAUACUAUUAUGACUAGUUAUAUUACUGAAAUGCAGGAAUCUUUUCAAAUUCUCAAAUCUGGUCAGUCUGGUUGUAUCAGCAAUGAGAGGAAUUCGUGUUUCUGAUGACCAAUACAUUCUAUAUUGAAGGUAGUUUAUUACUCCCAUCAUGAUCAGAUUUCCUAAAAACUGCUCAAUUUCUUUUUCGUCUGUCUGGAGCGAUCUUCCUAUACAUUGAACAGAAUAAAGAUUUGUUUGUUCAGCUACAUGGCUUAUCAACUUUCUUUCAAGCAAUGAAUAUAAAUAUUUAAGCUGCUUUUUAAGCUGCUUCUCGACACCUUGUCUUGUUAGACUACUUUUAUAAAUGCUUCUGGCUUUGAACGGCAUUCUGCAGAGAAAGCGUACAACAAACUAUCACCUCAGUUACAAUUAAGCAAUCCAAAACAUGAAAAAUAGCACCAAUGUCACUGUAAAAACCCCUAACAAUGCAACAUUGGAGAUAAAUUACUUAGAAACUCCAAAAAAUAAGCUCAAAACCCCUCUAAAAUCUUUGUAAAUCAAUUUUGAAACGUGGGCCUAAAUGCAUUCUCUUUGAAAAUAUACACUUACCUUCAAAAUUUUGUACAUAUUGAAAUAUGAUGUUAUGCGCUCUGCCAAAAACAUCAAUCGGUCAUCUUUGAAAAUCAAUUGCUUUUGACCACAUUGUAAUUCCAGAAUGAGAAAGAGGCUGUUAUAUAAGCAUUCUAUUUGAAUAACUAUGGAUUGGAGGAAUUGAUUUUACUGUCCCACAACAACGUUUAGAAAUAAAGGGUUAAGUAAUCUAUCUAACUCUUGCAGCGAGUCCUUACUUUAGCUCCUCUGAUUAUUCCGGUCUUCCCAAAGAUUAGGUCUCCAAUUUGUCUUAUUUUCCAUUGGUUGUGCUUCAAAUUUUCUACUUUGAUCAAAACAAUGUCUCCUUGUUGAAUGUAUACUUCCGCUGUAACUCUAUGGUUGUGAUAUUCCCUAAAGCCUGGUUUUCAUAUAACUUUUACCUACUGGUGAUCUACCUGCGACCCACCAACGACCUCCUUGCCACAGAGAGGUUUCAGCAAGAGUUGGAAUCGAUUAAUUCAAAUCACAGACAUGAUUUAAAAAAAUAAUGACAAAAUCUUCCAAAUACAUCAAAGGAAUGAAGGGAAAGUCUGGAUAUGGCCGCAGUGUAGCCUGAGAUUGGAGAUGAUAUGAAGCAUUUAAAGUGGCUUUACUAAAGUUAUGGAACAAUUAAAGCAGCCUUACCAAUAUUGACAACAUUUAUGCAAUAAAAGUUUCUUAUUUGUGUAUUUGAAAAAGACAUAUAAAAAGUAUAUAGUUUUGUAAGGUUAUUCACAACAACACUUUUUAACAUUUCUCAGGAAAUUUUAUUACAGGUGGACAGCUAUGCCUAAAAGAUUUUUAAACUUUGGGGGUUUUAACCUUUUCCUGCCUGAAUUUUGCACGCCAAAAUCUCACCGUGGGACUGGCCGUUUUCAGGCCUAUGCAGCAGUAGCAUAGUACUGAAAAUAAAAUACGUGCACAGUAGAAAUUAUUUUAAUUUAACUACCAAAAAACUUUUUCAUUUGUUUUGCAAUAUCUCAAAGUGUCAUACUUUCAAAAAUUUUCUGCAAAAUAACCUUCGAUAUUUUCUUCAAGCG